UUGUGGUGAAAAACAACUCAGUUCGCCGUGAUUAUUCUCGAAUGUGCGGUGCAUUUGUCAGUGAUUUUUUCAGUUUACAGAAUUUUCCUCAGUGAAUUCCAGUGAAAAUAUGUCUACAGUAGCAAGUGCACUAACUGUGGCAGGGACUAGAACGUCCGGUCAGCCCAUACGCACCCAGAAUGUGAUGGCUGCUUCGUCCAUCGCCAACAUCGUGAAGAGUUCCCUGGGCCCUGUGGGUCUCGAUAAGAUGCUCGUGGAUGAUAUUGGAGAUGUCACGGUGACCAAUGACGGAGCGACGAUCCUGAAGUUGCUGGAAGUUGAGCAUCCGGCAGCCAAAGUUUUGGUUGAACUGGCUCAGCUUCAGGAUGAGGAAGUUGGCGAUGGUACCACAUCUGUGGUCAUAAUUGCAGCUGAAUUGCUGAAAAAUGCUGAUGAACUGGUGAAACAGAAAAUUCAUCCAACUUCCAUCAUUUCCGGCUACCGUCUGGCCUGCAAAGAGGCCUGUAAGUACAUUUCCGAGCACCUCACGGAGCCCGUGGACAGCCUCGGGCGUGAGUGCAUUGUGAAUGUGGCUAAAACAUCCAUGAGCUCCAAGAUUAUCGGGCAGGAUUCCGAUUUCUUCUCUUCAAUGGUCGUAGAUGCUGCUCAGGCUGUGAAGAUCACAGAUCCCAAGGGAAAUCCCGCGUAUCCAAUCAAAGCAGUUAAUGUCUUAAAAGCCCACGGGAAGUCCGCCCGGGAGAGUCUCUUAAUUUCCGGAUAUGCCCUCAACUGCACGGUUGCAUCGCAGCAGAUGCCCAAAAAGAUCGUCAACGCCAAGAUCGCAUGCCUGGACUUUUCUCUGCAAAAGACAAAAAUGAAGCUUGGCGUUCAGGUUCUCGUGAAUGAUCCUGAAAAUCUCGAGAAGAUCCGUGCCCGGGAACUGGAUAUCACACGCGAGAAGAUCCAGAAGAUCCUGGCCACGGGUGUCAAUGUUGUUCUGUGCUCGGGAGGAAUCGAUGAUCUCUGCCUGAAGUAUUUCGUAGAGGCCAAGGCAAUGGCUGUCCGGAGAGUGAAGAAGGGUGAUCUCAAGAGGAUUGCUAAGGCCACGGGCGCUGCCUACCUCACGUCCCUCACGAACAUGGAGGGCGAGGAGAGUUUCGAGCCGUCGAUGGUUGGAGAGGCGGCAGAAGUGAGCCAGGAAUGGAUCAGUGACGAUGAGUUGAUCCUGGUGAAGGGACCAAAGGCAAGAACAGCCUCUUCGAUCAUUCUCCGAGGACCCAAUGACUUCUACUUGGACGAAAUGGAGCGAUCCAUUCACGAUGCCCUGUGCGUGGUCAAGAGAGUGCUGGAAGGAAAAAAGGUCGUAGCUGGCGGAGGAUGCGUCGAGGCGGCUCUAUCCAUUUACUUAGAAAACUUUGCCACUUCUUUGAGUUCCAGGGAGCAACUGGCAAUUGCUGAAUUUGCCAAGUCUCUGUUGGUCAUCCCUAAGACUUUGGCUGUCAAUGCGGCCAAAGACGCCACGGAUUUAGUGGCUAAACUCCGAGCCUACCACAAUUCCAGUCAGACCAAGCUGGAUCAUGCGCAUCUCAAGUGGUACGGACUGGAUCUGAUCGAGGGCGUCGUGAGGGACAAUAAGAAAGCUGGAGUUCUUGAGCCUGCAAUGUCCAAGAUCAAAUCACUGAAAUUCGCCACGGAAGCUGCUUUGACGAUUCUCAGGAUUGACGAUAUGAUCAAGUUGAAUCCGGAAGAGAAGGGAGGGAAGAGCUAUGCUGAUGCUUGUGCUGCCGGUGAACUCUAAAGGAGAUUCAGAGAAAAAAAUGUUCCCAAUUCAUUUAAAUCCAGUUAAUUGCAGUUUUCAUGAGAUUUUCUUCGUGUUUCAUGUCUCACUAGAAAUAAUAAUGCAAGCUUUUUCACAAAAACCAACAAAAUGUAUUUUCAAUUGACAUUAAAUAAGUUUCUAACAA